UGUGCCGAGCAUGGUGGCGACUCCGAUAGGUUGCCUCAGUAACGAAACGGAAGGAACUAAGCCGUUGGCAUCUUCCCGGCCACGCGAGGGCGCCGUCUGGAGCGCGGCUCCAUCCUGUCCAGCAGCUCCGUUGCCUACGUCACCACAUUCCACCGAAUGCAAUGGAACAGCGUGUAAAAGUGUAAAGGUGGUCUCAGAAAACACUGCCAGAAACUUAUGCAAGAUGAGGGAAGCGGCCGUUCUGCUCACACCGUGUGUGGUUCUGUGUCUCCUUCUGAGCUUCAGCCAGGCAGCCAGACAAGGACAGGACAUCAGAUGUGGAGCUUGCAGGGCUCUGGUAGAUGAGAUGGAGUGGGCCAUCUCCCAAAUAGAUCCAAAGAAAAUGAUCCAGACGGGAUCCUUCAGGAUCAACCCGGACGGCAGCCAAUCCAUCAGAGAGGUUCCUCUGGCUCGUUCAGAGGCAAACCUCCUUGAGCUGAUGGAGAAUGUGUGUGAGAGGAUGGGGGACUACGGCGAGCGCACAGAUUCUUCGACAAACAGGAAGUCCUAUAUUAGGAUAAAAUCUCGGAGCGGUGAGGCCAUGGACCUCUCAGAGGCCACGCUGGAUUCAAGAGUUACAGGCAGUUUAAAAUUUGCAUGUGAAACAAUUGUUGAGCAGCAUGAAGAUGAAGUCAUUGAGUUCUUCGCUCACGAGACAGAUAAUGUCAAAGACAAACUCUGUAGCAAGAGGACAGACCUCUGUGACCACGCUCUGAAAAUGCCGCACGACGAACUUUGAUAUCAUCCCGCCAUGGCUGCCGUAUCUCCUCAGCUGAAAUGGAGACGUUGGGUGAUGCUUUCAGUUGUCUCUUAUCACCGGUUUACGCCAUGGCAGUGGUGGAAGAUGUAUACACAUUUAUAUGUAAGAUAAUAGAAAAUCAACCUGAAAAUAAGAGUGUUAUUUCUGUGAUCUGUGACAAUUUAAGGAUCAGUUUGCCAUUUUUUAGCCGUAUCUCUUUGGACCAUCUUGUCACUUCUUUAUAUACUGUAAGUUAUUAUACUUUUAAAUAAUCUGUGUUUCAUGUGGAGGCUCUUGUCUUGCCUUCAAAUGCUCUUCAUCAGAUAAAACUGAAACUGUGAAACUGCAAAAAAUAAGUUAUACUUCCCAGUAUGUAUUGGAUUAUUUACAGGAUUAAUUGUGUAUAUAGAUUAAGCAUUGUAAUUUAAGACACAAGUACACAGAGAUCAGGUUGCAAUUUGGUCAAGUGGUCCCUAAGUCAAUAUUAAUUUACAUUGAUAAAGUCCUUACUAAAGCCAGGAAAAAGUGCAUUGGUGUUUUUUAUUCAGCCAUACUGCCCGCUCAUCAAUGAACGUGUCAUUUGAUGCCAAAUUAUAUUUUCAGUUCUAGCUUUAGUUUUUAAUACUUACCAGUUUUUAUGGAACUGUCCAAGCUCACAGCAUCACAUGAAUAACUUGUUUUGGUUGAAUAGUCCAUUAGAAAAAAAACUGAAAAGUUCUAGACACAUUAUGUAAGGUGAUAAAUUAAGAUGAUUUGAGUGGCUAGCUAGCCAAAUGACAAAAUGUGCAUUUAUUUAUAAAAAAUGUUUCC